AUGGCCACUCCCCUUAUUUUCCUGUUCUUAUUCACACUUCUUUGCAAGCCCCACAUGAUUAGUUCAAGUACUUGCACAUUGGAUUUUACCAGAUUCCCUUAUGAAGCCCAAAGCCAGUGCUUUGACCUAGCAGAAGGUUCUUUCACACCUUUAGUAAUGCAGUCAUGUUGCAGCUCUGCCCUUCAAUCUCUAUACCAAGCAAUGACUAUAAAAGCUAGUCAAUCUAGAUCCAUAUUCCUUGAGUUUGCUGAAGCUCAGAAUUGCACCAACAUAUUCCGAAACCUUCACCAUAGAGCCAAUCUUAACAACUGUGAUCUCCAAGAUUUUAUCUCUUCUUCAACACCAAACCUGUGCUCAAACAAUGCUGAUUCAGUCAUUGGUCUUCUUGGGGUUGACAUGUACAACGCUUUACGGUCCAAUUGUAAAGGCUUAUCCAGCAGUAAUCAUAGUGACGAAGCGUGUUUCGAUUGUGUUGUUUCUUAUAGGCAAUCAUUGCAAGCUCUAAAAGAAAGAAAUAGAUCAGGUAACAGGUGCGCUGAAGCUCUACUUGUUAGUCUUGCUAGCUCAGAUGCUCAAUCCCCAAACUUGGUUCGCGGAACUUUUUCUUGUUUGUGGAAUGAAAUAAAGUCUCCAUGGCCUAUAGGCCCUACACAGAAUCAAAACAAAGGUAGCAUAAAAGAGUUGCAUGUCAUCCCAUUUAGUUCUAACACAACAAAUAACAAAUGUAUAAAAGCUCAUAUCUUGGGUUCCAAGAAGCUUCUUGCCAUAGUAAUCCUGGCGGCAGCACUGGUGAUUAUAACUCCGAUUCUUUAUAAGAUAACCAGGAAGCAACUGCAAUAUGCAAGCAAAAAAGAUAUCGAAAUCCUAUCCGUCUCCAAGAAGACAGUAGAGGAAGAAUCCAGGAGUUUCUUUAACUGCUCUGGUCUUUACCUAUUCUCACAAGAUGAAGUGUUGAAAGCUACCAACCAUUUUGAUGAUUCAAACUUGAUUGGAGAUGCAACACUUGGGAAAUUCUAUGUUGGGAUAAUGCCUAGUGGAAUGCCAACAACAAUUAAGAGACUUAAUCAGGGGAUCAUUAAAGUUCAAAAUUUCGGGGAAGAGGUAAUAAGGAAAGCCAAGAUAAGGCAUCCUAACGUGGUGACCACUUUGGGAUAUUGUGAUACAGGAGAGCACUGUCUUGUUUAUGAGUAUUGCGUAAACGGUAACCUAGCAGGCUGGCUUCUUGGUAAUGGGAGGACACUAAUCUUGACAUGGGAACAUCGAAUGCAGAUAUCGAUCGGCAUUGCUCGGGGUUUAUGUUUUCUCCAUGCCAAUGCCUUGGUUAAAAUGGUUCAUGGAGAUUUAAAGUUAUCAAACAUAUUUCUGAAUGAGAAACUUGAAGCCAAGAUAUUAGACUCCAACUUAUCAAACUGCAAGCCUAAUGAAACGAAAGGGCUACAAACCAUAAAAAACGACGUCUUCGAUUUCGGGGUUGUUCUGCUUCAAGUUUUGACAGGAAAGAAAUCAAAAUCUGUGGUUGAGGAGGCAAGGGAUGCAAUACUAAAAGGAGCAAGUAUAAGUGGCAUGGCGGAUCCACGUUUAAAUGGGGCUUAUGUUUCCUCUGAAUUUCGAAAUGUAUUGUCCAUAGCUGUUAGAUGUACAGCUCCAAGUGAACGGGAAAGGCCAUACAUGGAAGAAAUUGUACGAAAACUUGAAGAAACACAAAGUUUAGUCUGA